CCCCGAGCAAUAGGGGAUCAUGGGGCCCCAGUGUCCUUGCCCAAACUCAAAAAAGCCUAUGAAAAAGGUACCAGGGGCAUCUCAUGGGGCCCCCUACGGACCCCGGGCCCUCGAGCAGUGCCUAAGUUCCCAAAUGGUCAGUCCGCCCCUAUUCAAUACACUGUUUUUUUAACCAAAAUAGCUGUUUUUCUUGUCCUAACCCUUCAAGUUACGCUCUAACCAGAUUAAAUUUAGUUUGCUAAAGCACUGCAUAUCAUAAACAAUUUCCAUGUAUUUUUCCCAUAAAAUACUUGUUCUUUACAUGUUUUAACUUUUUUUUGCAUUUCAAGAUUGCUGUUCUUCGUCUUCUUUUAGCUGCUUUCUA